UCAGCACUAAUCGAUACAUGUGUCUGUCCCUAUAUAUAGUACUAUAUCUUUGUGUGUGUUUUAGCUAGGAAUACUAUUUUUACUGUUAUAUUGUGAUCGAUCAAGAAUGGCGUUACAGAGGAAAUUACUAAAAGGGUGUGCUGGAAUUGCCAAAUAUAGGUGGUUGAGGUACUUUUCCGGUCAAGCAGUGGUGGCGCCGCCCGAACUGCCGCCGUUUGACUACCAGCCAAAGCCGUAUAAAGGGCCUUUGGCUGAUGAGGUUUUGGAGAAAAGAAAGAAGUUUUUGGGUCCUUCCCUCUUCUACUACUACCAAAAACCUCUAAAUAUUGUUGAGGGGAAGAUGCAAUAUUUGUAUGAUGAGAAUGGAAGACGUUAUCUUGAUGCUUUUGCUGGAAUAGUUACUGUCUCAUGUGGUCAUUGUCAUCCUGUGGUGUUGGAUGCCAUCACGGAGCAAAGCAAGCUUCUCCAACAUGCUACAACCAUAUAUUUACAUCAUGCGAUCGGCGAUUUUGCGGAGGCAUUGGCAUCUAAGAUGCCAGGAAACCUAAAGGUAGUAUAUUUCGUAAAUUCAGGGACAGAAGCAAAUGAAUUAGCGAUGCUGAUGGCACGACUGUACAGUGGUAACCUAAAUAUGAUUGCCUUGAGGAAUGCAUAUCAUGGCGGAAGCGCUAACACAAUUGGGCUAACUGCUCUUAACACAUGGAAGUACCCUAUUCCACAGGGUGAAAUCCAUCACGUUCUGAAUCCUAACCCAUAUCGUGGAGUAUUCGGAUCUGAUGCUAAACGAUAUGCUGAAGAUGUACAGGAUCACAUUGAUCAUGGUACUUCAGGAAAGGUUGCUGGUUUUAUUGCUGAGACAAUUCAGGGGGUUGGAGGAGCAGUUGAACUAGCCCCUGGAUACUUGAAGUUGGUUUAUGACAUUGUUCGCAAAGCAGGAGGUGUUUGUAUUGCUGAUGAAGUUCAAACUGGCUUUGGUCGCACAGGAAGCGACUUCUGGGGUUUUCAGACACAGGGUGUGAUUCCUGAUAUAGUUACAAUGGCAAAGGGUAUUGGAAAUGGUUUGCCACUUGGAGCUGUUGUCACAACGCCAGAAAUUGCAAGUGUUAUGGCUCAAAAGAUACAAUUUAAUACAUAUGGGGGGAACCCUGUUUGCUCUGCUGGUGGACAUGCAGUACUCAGAGUUAUUGAUAAGGAACAACGCCAAAAGCAUUGUGCUGAUGUUGGCUCACACUUAAUUGGGCGGCUGAGGGAUCUACAGAAAAGACACGGCAUAAUUGGAGAUGUGAGAGGCAGGGGUUUAAUGGUUGGUAUCGAACUCGUAACUGACAGAAAAGAGAAGACACCCGCCAAGGCAGAAACUGGAGUUCUCUUUGAGAAGCUUAGAGAACUUGGUGUUCUUGUGGGGAAAGGUGGUUUAAAUGGAAAUGUUUUCAGAAUAAAACCUCCCAUGUGUUUCAACAAAGAUGAUGCAGACUUCCUAGUUGAUGCAUUGGACUAUUCAAUUUCAAAGUUGUGAAAAUCUCUCAAGAGUAGCCAGAUUGUUGUGAAUUGCUCAGUUGAUUCUCCUUAAACCAAAGGACAGCUUAUUUUCCAAUUCCAGUUCAAUUAGUUGAAAUAAUUUCUGAAUCAGUUUCAAUGGUUAAAUAUACACGUGAAAAAUAUGAAAUUAUCUUUCUACUUUUGAACGAAAAGUAGAUAUCCUUGAAUGUUUUAUACUUGGUUAGUAUUAUCAUUACAGAACUGAUUCCUUUUA